CAUCAGUUCAUAGGAGGAAUCUGAGGCCCAAGUUCACAUCUGUGGCAGUGGCAGAGCUGGAAUUCUAACCGAGGUCCUUGACUCAAAAGCCAGAGCUCCUUCUACAUUAUCACACUCUCUUGCUAUUUUGUUUUUGUUUUCUCUGCCAAAGAGAAUGAUCUUUGGACUAGAAAAGAAGAAACAAAAAUGGCAGAUAGAUAGCUGGAACCCAAGGCACAUAAGAAAAUAAUGAGAACAGCCUUUAAUGAGCUCAAAUCACCAGGCUCAGAGGAAUUACAUCCCAUGGUACUGAAGAACUUGUCAGAUGUCGUGGCUGAGCUACUAAUCAAUCUUUGAAAGAUCAUGGAGGGUUCCUUCUGCUGGCUGCCAUUGGGCCUACAGUAGCGCCGCAGCCAUGGCCAUCCGAUAUCCCAUGGCCAUAGGCCUCAACAAAGGCCACAAAGUUACCAAAAACAUUUCCAAGCCACGACACUGCCGCCGCCGUGGGCGCUUGACCAAACACACUGAGUUUGUGAGAGAUAUGAUCCGGGAGGUGUGUGGAUUUGCCCCUUAUGAGAGGUGGGCCAUGGAAUUGUUAAAGGUCUCCAAGGAUAAGUUCAUCAAAAAAAGGGUGGGAACUCACAUCCAGGCCAAGAGGAAGAGAGAGGAGCUCAGCAACGUCCUAGCUGCCAUAAGGAAGGCUGCUGCCAAGAAAGACUAAGCUGGACCCUGUCAACCUUCCCCACUUAUCCAAUAAAGAUUGGACAAAUAAAAAAAUUUAAAAAAAAAAGAUCAUGGCGGAAGAAGAAAAGUGGUUCAGGAU